CUCUCAGUUCUUUAGCGACUGACCUAGCAGACAGAUCUGUAGAGUCAUUCCUUUCAAAGAUAAUAUUCCAAAACUUAUAUAAUUUGAAAGACGUAAUGUUUUUCACGGUCUUCUUGGGAUUGGUUUCAUUAUUAUUUUUAUUACACUGCUCUAUAAAAUACCGAAGAGUAACAAAAAUCGUUGAAGCACUUCCGGGACCAAAAGCAUAUCCCAUUAUAGGAAAUUUGCUUUAUUUUCAAGUUAAAAGAGAUAACAUUUUUGAACUUGUUUGUAAAACGGACAAGGAAUAUUAUCCAAUUUACAAAAUAUGGGCGUUUUUUAUCUCAACGGUAAUUUUACUUCAUCCAGAAGAUAUUGAGAAACGGCAAUGGGUAUCUCUUUACGGGUGAAUGACGAACAAAAGCUUAAAUAUCGCAACGCCGUUUAUGCUAUACUCAAUAUCAUUGUAAAAAGAGCUUCAAGACCUUGGUAUUUAUUAGACAAUAUAUUUGCAUUUUCAUCACAAGGACGAUUGCAAGAAGAACUAUUACAAACGUUGCAUGGUUUUACAAAAAAAAUAAUUGCAGAGAGAAAACUUUUUCACGAAAAAACAAAUGGAAAAUAUUUAAAAACUUUCGAAACGGUUGAAGAGAAUGACGUUUUUCCCGAAGGACACGAGGAGAAUAUCAAAAAUCCGACAUACAAAAAAAAACUUGCUAUGUUAGAUUUACUAAUAGCAGCUUCUUGGAAUGGAAAUCAAAUUGAUGAUGAAGGAAUCAGAGAGGAAGUGGAUACAUUUAUGUUUGCGGGUCACGACACUACUGCAAUGGCAUUGGUCUUUCUUUUGAGUCUUAUUGCCAAACACAAAGACGUCCAGGAACGUAUAAGAGAAGAAGUGAAUAGUGUUAUGAACCAAAAAAAUUACAAAAUGACGAUGUCGGUGGUUCAAGAAUUUUCCUAUUUAGAGAGAUGCAUAAAAGAAUCUCUACGUUUAUACCCAAGUGUCCAUUUUGUGGCACGAUAUUUAACUGAUGAUAUGCAGUUAAAAAAAUUUUUAAUCCCAGCUGGUACUAACAUUCGAAUUAACAUCUUUCAUUUACACCGAAAUCCAGAAUUUUGGCCCAAUCCUGAUGUUUUCGAUCCCGAUAGAUUUUUACCAGAAAAUAUUAGUAAACGUAAUGCGUACUGUUAUAUUCCAUUUAGUGCAGGAUUAAGAAACUGCAUUGGUCAAAAAUAUGCAAUGUUCGAAAUGAAACUUAUGGUUGCCCAUAUAUUACAUCACUUUUAUUUAGAGCCAGUAGAGGAUUUGGAUAACAUUAAAUUGAUGGGAGAUAUUAUUUUGCGACCAGCGAAACCACUUCAUGUCAAAUUUAUUCCGAUAAAAUUAUAAG